AUGACGGCGGUCGACCGGCCUUGGCCUCUUGAAGGAGACUCUUCAAUACCGAAUGACAAACCGAACUUGAAGCCAAACUACUUCGAAAUGCAACCAGGGUCGACUCGGAAAAACGCAUUCGAUCAAACUCUGUACAACAUCGUGGUUCUGCGCUUGCCCUCGACAGCGUCGGAAGAUGAGCUCGACGACCAGCUCUCGAGCGAGGCACAAAACCUCGGCAUCCUAUCCUUCCAGCCAGCCGCCAAUGUUGAUGGAAUCCGUUCUUCCCUAUCGACAAUCACAAUUGCCUCGGACUCUGUCAACCAAAGCCCCGCCCGGUCUCAGUCUACCGCUUCUACUUCGUGCGCAUCCGGUGAACACCAACACGUGACACGGUCCGCGUGUAUCUCAGAUCGUUCGCCCUCCACUACGGACACGCAUUCGCCGGAAACGAGGAAGGACGGGAAGAGGGGCUCACCUCUGAGUAGGGGAUUCCGUAAGAUGGCAGGGUUUCGCAAGAAGAGGGCAGGAGGUCUCACAAGCUCUUCAACCCUGACUAGCAUCAGCAGUGAUGCAGAGAGCCAUGAUAGUGAGACGAUCUCCGUCGACAUCAGGAGUCCGUCGUCGGCCAAGUCGAGUAAGAGCUCGUGGUCACCGCCAGCCUUUGCCGUCAGACCCAGUCAUGACCCACUGCCAUUCAUUGACAUAGAUUCACUCAAGAGAAGCAUGGAAUGCAAGGAACUGCUCGAGCUGCGAAUGGCACAAUUGGAAGAGAAGGCACGGUUCUUGGAAUUUCAGACAUCGUUGGUGUCGCAGCUGAGGUCACAGCGAGAGGCGCUCAAAUCGUUAAAGAAGGCAGAGCAUCAGCGCUUGCUGGCCGAACAAACCGCAAAGAAUGAGCGAGCAGCGGAAGAGCUCGAGGCGCGUCAAUUGGAGGAGGAAAUGAAAAUGGAAGCGGAGCACGAUUUGGAGAAGAGAGCCGUCAUGUUGCGCUUACGCCAUAUGGAGGCUUAUUGUCAGAAUCCCACUCCCCCUCCCACUCCAGUCGAGCUCCUCGCCGGACGCGCCUCUACUGAUUCCGUUCUACCUGAGCGUAAGGUCACCGAGAAAGACUAUCACAACCUGGCACAGCAGUACCGUGAGCGGGACAUCAUGGACACGCUCCACACGUCGAAGAUCAAUGUCUUGCGAGGCAAGCAGAAAAAGGCAGUCGAGAGAUUUCUAGAGAAGAAGGAAAAGGAGAUGGAAUGCAUGGAGAGAGAGCAGAAGAAAGAACUUGCUCUGAUCGAUCGAGACUUUACCAGCCAGGAGACCGAUCUCCGACUGGCACUUGACACAAAGAGAGCGAGGCUCGAGUCGCGGUGGAGAACCCAAGCCUUGAUCGCGUGCACGAAGGCGGAGACCUCAACGGGCCUCAAGCAUGCACCAUUGGCCGAUGUCGUUGCCAUCGAGGACGUCGGGGCUUCUUCGCGAAGAGUCUGA